CUGGAGGAGCACCAUGAGAGAGUGGGAGCGAGCUUUGGUCUGACUGUCUGGUUUUCAGUAAAUUUGCUCGCCGGCCCGACCGCAUUCACGGAUCACAAGGAAGAAUCAGUCGGAAUCUAUUAGUGGUGCUGUUAAGUGACAGAAAGGUACUUGAGAAUGAUUCCCGGAGAAAGAGUCUUCGUCCUGAUUUUCCUCGUUUAUCUAUCGGGAAUGCAAUUAUUUACGGACGCAACUAAAGUAUUGGGAAAUUGCCCAUCAUUUGGUAGUUCCAUGACACAAACAGAACUUCUGCAAGAAUUGGCGAACGAAUGCCGUUACGAUAAGAUGGUCAGGCCGCCUGGAGUGAUUAAUGAGACGGAUCCGAUCAGAAUUUACACCAGAGCUUUUAUCUACACGAUAAAAUCCAACAUGGCCAAAACUCUGCAAUUUGACGUGCACCUAAUGCUGCAGUUUCGAUAUCUGGAUAAACGGCUUAAAUUCACGGACAUAGCUCCUUAUUUGAGUCAAAUAUACGGCGGUCAGAACGCCCAUGCGCUGAUUUGGACGCCUACCGUAUACGUCGCCAACGAGCGUACCUCGGCGGUAAUGGGAAAUGGCGUCAAAGACCUGCUCAUCUCUAUCAGCUCUUCCGGCAUGGUCAUGUUGAACACUAGAUUGGAAACCACUCUCAACUGCGGCCUUCGAUUAGAGAAGUUUCCAUUUGACGUACAAGAGUGUCCGCUGGUAUUCGAAAGUUGGACUCACAAUGUGAACGAAAUGGUGCUAGACUGGGAUGAAGAUCCGAUUGUCAUCGCGGAUAAUUUAUAUCUGACGGAGUAUAAACUCGAGGAUACGUGGGUUAAUCGAUCCGGGGUGUCUUAUACACCAUCGCAACAUCAUUAUGGGCAUUUUGCCGGCAAUUUCAGCUCGAUAAAUAUUACGUUUAAAUUAGCCCGUGAAAUGGGAUUCUUCAUGAUGGAUUAUUAUGUGCCGUCUAUAUUGAUUGUGGUGAUUUCAUGGGUAUCUUUUUGGUUACACAUGGAUGCGGGUGCACCGCGAAUAGUUUUAGGAACAAAUACUAUUUUAGCAUUUAUGACACUUGCAUCGAAAGUCGAAAAUUCAUUGCCGAAGGUCUCUUAUAUAAAAGCGAGCGAAAUUUGGUUUUUAGGCUGCACAGUAUUUCUGUUCGCGGCAAUGGUUGAGUUUGCCUUUGUCAAUACCAUAUACAGGAGGAAAAAGAACGUACCGUUGAAAAAGGUCAAUAGCAAGUACAUUCUCAAGUCAACCCUAACGCCACGAUUAGCAAGAAAACAAUUUCAGAAGAAUACAACCGGUUUAGAACGAUCGCGAUCAUGGUCGUCGUUAGACAAUGCAAAUACGAACAAUGAGCAAGAUUUCACAAGUCAGAAUUAUCUCACUGUACACAGCUUUCCGAGCACGAUCAAUAUCCCAUCAGUAAGAAUAGAGGAGGAUAAGGAUCCAGAUUAUUCCGUUGGUAGCAUCACAACCAUCGACAGCCAACCUCCGGCUAAGCCAUUUUCACGCAGGCCGACUCUGGCCAAGUUACACAAUUUUACAACAAUGACACCUCAGGAGAUCGCACAAUGGAUUGAUAAACGCAGCAGAAUAGUAUUUCCCAUAUCAUUCAUCAUAUUCAACAUUCUCUAUUGGUCUUUUAUAUGGAUCUGAAAUCGCGGCUAUGUAAUGAAUUUCAGUCGAACCUCCCUAUUCUUAGCCCAGACAGUCAAAUCUGUUGAAAACAAAUUUUACAAAGUAUCUGUUGAAAACAGACUUUGCAAUCAGAAUGCCAGCAAGAACAUAACAGAAUCUGUUAAAAUCAUAGAAUAUGAUGGUAGAUUGACUAUAGAAGUCAAGCAAAGUUUGUGUAAAUUUAAUAACUAUUUAAAUUAUACAAUCUAUUUAAAUGAUAGAUGUUACUUGGUUUCUGCUAGUAAAUCAUAUGUUAAUUCUGUUAAAACACGUGUUUAAUGUGGAUCAAUCUGCAAUAUUCCGCUCAAAUCAGAUAACAAAUUGCUAACAUUUUGCUUGCUGCUCAUUGGAACUAACUAAACUCUUAUUAUUCUUAGCAUAUCCUCUCAAUUUUUUUUUCUUAUUCUAUUCCAAAGGCACAUACAUAUAGAAUGAAAAUGUUUUUUGACCAUGACUGCAAUAAUAUUUUCACUUCCCACAUGUACUGUGUGAAAAAUAGCAAAUAUGAAGUAGUAGAAGGAGACAGCAUACGAGAUACGAACAAUAAGAUGCAGAAAUUAAGAAUGCUAAGAAUAGAAAAGUUCAACUGAAUGGUCUGAAUGUAACUUGAUAAAUACGUUCUCUGCACAACGAAAUUUGAAACGGCGAGAAUGAAGAUGGAAUGGGACGAUAAAAUGCGACGGCACUAAUAAAAACUAUUGCGAAUAUAAAACUGCAAUAUUCUAAGAAAUUUAAUUGUGCGAUAAAAUUUUCAAUUGCUGUAGAAGAAUAGAGAAUUUGUAGAACUUAUUUAAAUGGAACUAUAUAUUGGAUUUAUAUUUAAAUUAUAACACGCAUAUCUCAAUUUUAUUUUCUCGAAAUAUAUGCAAUUUUAUAUAUAUGUAUUUAUAUAUAUGUAUAUGCGAAUUAAUUAAAUUCAAAUGAAAGGCAAAACACUGUGUAUAAAAAUUGCAGUUAACAUAUUUCCUAUCGGCGUCGUCGAUAUAUAAUUUCUGUAAAACAGAAUUAGAAAAGUAGAGCAUCUUUUCCAUCUUUUUCAUGUAACAUCUAUAUCAAUAUGCUAAUUCUCAUCACUAUCGUAAUUUAUACAAAAUUCUUUAUAAGAUAGAUUGAAGGCAUGUGAUCAUCAUAUACAUAUAUAUAUAUGAUAUACUUUUGUAUAUUAAAUAAUUUUAUAUUUUUUGGAGAGAUUCUAAUAACUUUGAUACGAUGUAAGUAUAAUUUUCGAAAGUUCUAUUAAAAUAAUAGUUCUGCAUACAUCAAAUAUUAGUGCAACUGAUAUUCCUCAAGUUGUUAACAAAAAUAGAGUAAUUUAGUGGACACACGCACACACACACACACACACACACACACACA